GAUCAAACAGAAAUAGUAAUUAAUUAACAUUACAUUGCAUUUUCCGUCAUAAACAGCAUUACAUUGCAUAGAAGAGAAGACCAACGCGGAGGGAUUUUGGCCUCCACCGACAUCUCUUCUCAAUUCUCAAAUUCACAUCAAUUAUAUUUCUGUUCUUCUCUGAAUCAAUCCAUCAUCAUCAUCAUCAUCAUCAAUGGCUGAUGAUAACAAGAAACUCAAUCACGACGAGGAGGCAAAUCCUCUUCUCCACCACCACCAUCACCACCAACAACAACCACCUAAAGCAGCUGAACAACCAACACAGGAGGAACUUUUCCAUCUAUGGACCGCUGAUGGUGUUCCCAUCGCCCAUGGAAGCGUAAUGGGCCAGCCUAUUCCCCGCUCUCCUUGGAAUUCCAGCGUCUGCGCUUGUCUCGGUCAAAGCGAUCACUUUUGCAGCAGCGAUCUCGAAGUUUGUCUUCUUGGGAGUGUGGCUCCUUGUGUGCUGUAUGGAAGCAAUGUUGAGAGACUUGGGUCGAAUAAUUCCGGGACAUUUGCCAAUCAUUGUUUGCAUUAUUCUGGCCUCUAUGUAAUUGGGAAUUCCUGCUGUGGUUGGAAUUGUCUUGCGCCGUGGUUUUCAUAUCCUAGCCGAACUGCAAUUCGUCGCAGGUUCAAUUUGGAGGGAAGCUGUGAGGCACUUAAUAGGUCAUGUGGGUGCUGCGGAAGCUUUUUGGAAGAUGAGGCGCAGCGUGAACAGUGCGAAUUGGCAUGUGACUUUGCAACCCAUUUCUUUUGUCAUGCCUGUGCUCUUUGUCAAGAAGGUCGUGAGCUCCGCCGUAGAGUGCCUCAUCCUGGCUUCAAUGCGCAACAAGUAUUGGUUAUGAUCCCACCUGCAGAGCAGGCAAUGGGUCGUGGGGCGUGAAAAACAUUCUUCCUCAUCUUGGAAGUGCUAUUCUGGUGUAUGCUAUUACUGUUGCUUUGAUAUGAUUUGACACGUCGAACUGCUGCCUCCCUUUUCUCCAGAUUUUGCUGAAGAGUAUCAUGGUUGUUUGUUUGAGUUUGGUAUAAAUAAAGAACAUACAGCACCAUUAUAUUUUCAGUUUGUAUCCUCUACUAUUCUGUAGUAUAUAUGUAUUUUGUUGCAAUAUGAAUUUAUAUGUAUUAUUGAGGGCAUGGUUCCUGUAUGGUUAUGAGUGGUUGUAGCCUGUAAUUCAGUGAAUGCAUAUUAUGUUUUAAAUAUAAAAAAAUAGUUAAUAUCA